GGGAAAUCACCUCGAUCUCCUCGUUCCUGGCCGCCCCCUCCUUGUCCUCUUUUGAAGGUCCGCAACCCAUGUUGGCGGUCACUUGCUACCCCCUUUUGCCCACCGGGUUCAAUCGAUGCAGCCCCUUCGGAAUGUAGGGCGAGGCGUGAAUGGGAAAGCCGUCGAGGCGGGCGUGGACGGAGGCAGAUAGAGAUAGACGUUGCGAAACGCCGUUAGGCGUAAUUGUCCUUGCUUUCUGGUUCCUUGGAAUAUCCUCGCUGGCGUCACCAGCCAGCGUGCGUCGAUCGAGUCGCGACAGUUGUCCUGACAAGGGGCCUAGCCGUGGCGCCAAUGAAAAGAGGGUGAGCCAAGAGCGAACGAGCGAGCGGCGAGAGGAGGGGAGGAGACGAGGGCGCGCGGUGCUGACAGGUCAAAGGACAGACAGGUGAACCAGGUGGACAAGGGGACAGAACGAACGACGAAAGUGGUUAGCAAGAG